UACUGCCGGAUUUUUUCUCCAACUGCAGCGCCUUUGAUCGAUCGCGUGGCUCGUGAAAUCCUUUUUUUUAUUGUUUAAAUACAACGUGUAUUUUGUUACAUCGCUUUUUGAAAAAUAGCAGUUGACGGCGCGAGUGAUUGUAGAAUAGUGUUAUUGAUGUAGAAAUGGUGUGAUCGUACAGAGCCGAAAAACUUGCAGUUGCGAGUGAAAAAAUACAAGAGGGCUCCGUUUGCUUGCGUGUUUAGAAAUAUAUAGAGAAAAAAAAAUUAAAAAAAGAAAAUGUGCGACUUAUCCGGAUCCGGUCCAAACCCGUCGUCGAUUUCGGUUCCGCCGGGAGAUUCGACUCCGUCGUUCGUGCGUACCUCGUCGAGUGGUUCGGUCGAAUCGGACCUGAACGGAUGCAGUUCGUCGGUUUCGUUGCAAAGUUGUGAUAGUGGGUUUUGUUCUUCCGGCGGGAUCGAUAAUUCGGUGGAACCGUCAUCAUCGUCUUCCGACUGUUACUAUCGGGAGCAGAAAGCUAUUGGGACCAGUUCUGUUGAAACGCCGAAACUAGUAGUAGGGCUAAACCGAAGCAGGCACCAGAGUUUGUCCCGGGUGCAGAAAAGUUCUGCAAAAGUUUUCGGUCUUUCUCCGGUUUCGGAAAUUGCUGUUAAUCUCAAAGAUGCUACCCUGGAUACUCCCAAGAGUCGCCGCGAGGGCGAGCGUGGCAAGACCAAAGGAAUUUCGACCGGUCUCAAAACCCUCCUGGCAUCUGGGGCCAACUCCAGGAAAUCUAAUCUGGACCAGCAGCAACAGGAUAAUAUCCAGAAGCAACCCCUGCUCCUGGAGUCUCAGCCUGACUUUGUGGCAAAAGUCAGGAAAGAGGCCGCUACCGACACCGAUGGACGACAAGACGGCGUCGUUUCCUGCAGUGACAAACAUUCGUGCGAAUUUUUCAACACCGACGACAAAAGGACCAGCAAAUGUUUGGAAAACGACGGAUGCAUUUCAACCACCUUCACAAUAAACUCGACCGGCCGAUCACCGGCUAGCCGAUUGGCCGAACAACGACAGCGGUCGGCCCAGCGUCGGCAGUUCAUUGCCCCGCUCCGAAUGGACAACAAAUUCCUCGGCUCCCCGGGCAAGGAGAACCUUCCGACCGAGGAGGAACUGUCCUUCUACCAUGGCAACAGCCCGCAGCCUAGCCCACGGCCCUGCAGUCCCUGCGAGUGUCCCGAGGAGCCGGAAGAGAUGCUGGCCUCCGAGAUCACCCCCAACAAGCAAACGAUCGCUAUCGGUGCCCUUACCGGAAGUGCGAUCCGCACCCGCCGACCCCUCGAAGACUAUGACCCCAACUCGAUGGAUUCCGGCUACGGCGCCAGUGUAUCGAGCGGUGGUCACAAAAGCCAAUCCUUGUUCACCUUCGUGCAACCCUCGAUCCCGCGUCAAAAUUCCUCGGUCACUGCCUCUCCCGCUUCAGCCGUCAUGCGCUACAGUUUGUCCUCCGGAUCGAUGGAGUCGAUGGACGAUAUCGACAUGGACCUGUUCGAGAUGGACUCGAUCGAAGAUGACGCCCAGCUCCCUAGCAACCUUAAUUCCCUGAUCUGCGGAGACAUUAAGGCCACCAAAACGACCCCGGAAAACAAGAAACCCUUCGUGCGGCGAUGCCUCAGCCUUUCGGAAACUCCGGUAGUGCGUCGCGUCAAAAGCAACCUGCUCUUCGAUUCCCCAGUGACCAGCAGCAAUAGCCCCAUCGUCAAGACUCCGGAACGUUACCGGCCCUCACCGGACCAGGAAAACCUUAACCUUACUCCCUUCUCAUCCCGCUCCGAUGCCACUCGCUGCUUCAAGCGCCCGGAACCCCCAGGUGUCAGCCCGGUUCAAAGCAAACGCCACAAGCCCGAAGUCCUCACCCCGGUCAGCUCCCUGCGCAGCUGCCUCUCGGAAAACAUCUCCCUGGACAGCCCCGCUUCCCUGACCGUCCCACCUAAGCGACCUCUGCUCCAGAAAUCUAUCUCCAUGAACGAUGCCCAAAUCAUGAAAGCUCUCUCCCGCUCAUCUUCGGAACCGGACCUCAUCGGAGACUUCAGCAAGUCCUACAUCCUCCCCCUCACCGAGGGACGGCACCGGGACCUCAAGUCCAUCUCCCCCCAGACGAUGGCCGAGCUCGUUCGUGGCGCCUACGACCACAAGAUCGCCUCUUACAAAAUCAUCGACUGCCGCUACCCCUACGAGUUCGAAGGCGGUCACAUUCGGGGCGCCCGCAACCUCUACACCCAGGACCAGAUCCUCGAGGAGCUGAUACGCACCAAAUCCAAUCCUCCGAAGGUGGAAGCCGACGCACCCAAACGGGACGUCAUCGUGUUCCACUGCGAGUUCUCCUCCGAACGAGGUCCCAAGCUAUCACGCUUCCUGCGAAACCACGAUCGGAUCCUCAACUCGGACAGCUACCCGGCGCUCCACUAUCCGGAAAUCUACCUGCUGCAUGGAGGCUACAAGGACUUUUUCGCCGUCCAUCCGGAACUGUGCGACCCCAUUGCCUACCGGGAGAUGUUGGACCCGGCCUUCGGCGAUGCCUAUCGCCAUUUCCGAGCCAAGAGCAAAAGCUGGAACGGGGACGUGAUCAAGGGUUCGGCUAUGCCCCAUUCCGCCUCCUUCUCCUCGUCAACCUCCUCGUCCAGCAGUGAAGGUGGUUUCGGUAGCGGUCGAAUCGGUGGUUCACGGCUGGUGAAGUCCCGAUCCCGGCUGGUGCUGUGAGAAUACUCAGCUCAAGCAAACAAACAAGUAGACACACCGGAACGACCUUAACAAAACAACAAGCAAGCUAACGAAUCGUAUCCGUACAAAAGUACCUUCGAUCGGCCGGAAGGACGGAAGCUAGUUAGUUCAACAGAGAGAGCAGAGACUGAAGCGACGCGGCGCCAUCUAUCGUUGGCUAGGUGUAAAAAUGCGGGACUAAAACCAAUAACUGGUGGAAUCGAAGAAGUUGACCAUAGUUUUUUUCUGUUGGUUUGUUUUUUUUUUGUAACUAGUUUAUUUUUAUUUCUGGGUUUAUUUUUUUUCUUUCUUUCAACUCUGUACAAAAGUUUGCUCUUGUGUUCGUUUCCGGUCAUUUUUUUAAUUUGUAUAAGUUUCAUUCUGUUUCUUUUUUAUAAGUUUAUUAGUUUAUCGCGCAACGACUUCUUCUUUUUGGGCAAUAACAACAAAACAGAAACGAGAAAAAUUAGAAAUUGUUAGCGCUAGAACCCCGAGUUGCGAAUUAUAUCUUUAUAUGUGUAUAGUUUUUUUUAGUGAGACACACUCUUUUGUUUGUUAUCCACGCGAUUUAUCUGUGAUUUAGUUUUUCCUCGGUUUCAAUUAUACGAAAUAUUUUAAUAACUAGAAAACAUUGUAGCAAGUAGUAAGAAAAGAGAGAGCUAGAACUAGAGCUGGAUAGAAAAACGGGGACGAACACCAGAACAAUUCAGAACCUGAAACAAAACAAGCGUGAGGACAAGAGACAGCCAAACAGCAUAUGGCAGUAACACAAAAUUUAUACACUAGGACAAGCGAGGAAACUGAUGAAAAAUUGAAAAAAAAAAAAACAAACAAAAGCAA